AUGGAACAUCCAAGAACUCAUUCUGUAGCUGCUACUGCUAAUACUCCCUCAAAUACGAGAUCGUCCUCUAUAGCUUCUUCCAAGAAUAAUCCAAGUUCUUCUUCUUCGUCGAAGGAUUCUGGUGCCGCAACCGGUGCAUCUACCACAGCAACGACCGAGAACACUCAAGAUAUGGCUCUACAUCACUCUAUUCCAUCGGAUAUUGAAGAUAUGGAUGUCGAUCAAGAAUCUACCUCCGUGGAAUCAUGUAUAGAUCCAAAGACAAAGCAACCAAAUAUGAGCAACUGUCCGUCUUCCGCCUCCACUCAGAAUCAUGAUGAAAAUGUCUUUGAUAAUGCAAGUAUGAGCAAUACUAACGCCACUAUCUCUUCUUCACAACAUCGUGAUGAUACUACGGGUCAUAAUAUCAUGUUACCACAGUUCGUCUCUAUGAAAGACUACACUGAGGGAUUUUCAAACAGAGAUCAGUUUAAUACAGGUACUGUUACCCCUUCAAUGAAUGACAAUAAUCAGAAUAGAAAUGGUAGCAAUAUUUUUAAACCUUUUGAUACCAAAACUGGUCAAUUUUUAAAAUCUGAAAAUACUCUCGCAUCUCCUUCUUUUGAUAGUGGAAAGGACCCAAGAGAAAAUAGUUACAACAACAACAAUAAUAAUGAUAACGUCUACAACCAGCCUGUGCCUAUAAAGACCUCAAUACAAGAUAAUAAUAAUAACAUCACAAUGAACAGAGCUAUAGAAGCUAAUCAAAUGUUGCCAUCAUCCGAACUAAAUGAAAAUAGACAUCCGCAUAUCAUACCAUCAUUCAAAGUACUAUCAAGUAUAAAAUCAAGAUCAUAUUCCGUACCCACUAUUUUGCAUUCAUCUUUAAAGAGGUUGACCACUACAAACCAUUACGCAAAACUUAAUAAUAAUAUAAUGAACGCAAGUAUCAAUAACCAUCCAAUGAGUCAGCCAUAUAGCAUCAUGAAAAAAAAAUCGAAUAAGGGCUCUCCAUAUAUUUCGUCUUCAAAUAACACUCUAUCAUCUAACUUGGUCUAUUCACCAAACUCGUCUUUAAAGCGUGCAAUUCUUUUAAGUCAACAUGUCAUCAACACCAACAAUAAUAACAAUAACAUUAAUAAAUUCCUAGAAACCAUUACAAAGAUUAGAUCACUAAAUAAUGGGAAUGCAAUAGUUACCAUUGAAGAUAGAAUUAACUAUAUAAAGGCAACUGCUUUACCAGUACCGCUACCGCCUAUCAAUUUACAAUGUUUAAAAGAAAUCGAUUUACAAGAGAUCGUUAAAAACCCACAAUUAAGACACGAUAUUAUUUUUGAUCCCUUAUUACAAUUUAGACCAAAUUUGGAUGGUGAACGUGGAAUUAAAAAAAGGCAACUCUCAGAUAAAUAUUGGAAUGAUGUUGAAAACGAAAUUUUCGUAUAUUUACAAAAACCUGAAGUUUUUCAAUAUAAUCAUUCUAGAUUGGUACCACUGUUCGAUACAUUAAGAGACGUACUUCUAACAAUUGUUCCACAAAAGGAAUCACACCAGAUUAUUAAUAUAUUGGAUACGGAAUUGAAAGUUCAAGAAUUGGUUAAAGGUUCUUUAAAUAUCGUGAAUUUCUCUGAUUGGUUGGCUACUUUAUUCAAACAUCAUUGUGCCCCAAUGAGAGAUUCAUGGGUAGAUAGAAUGAAUAAUAAAUUCAAAGAAGCUGAUGCCGAGGGAUCGUUGCCAAAAUUAGCUGAAGGUCUCAAAUUAAUUUUCCAAAUUUUAGAAGCCAUGAAGUUAGAUAUUGCCAACCAUCAAAUAAGACUACUAAGACCUGCAUUAUUAAGCAAUUCUGUAGAAUUCGAAAAGCAAUAUUUCAAUUCAUUAAUGAAUUCCAAGAAAAUUAUUUUAAAUUCAUCCUUGCUUUGGUUUAAUAAUAAAUUCGAUGAAUACAUAACGAAAGAGAAAGAACAAAUUACUAUACCUCAAAUUUACAGGACGUCUAUCAAAUCUAUAAUAAGUUUGUUAUCGUGCCGUAAAAUGGUUAGGGAAUAUCCAACUUCUUUAUCAUUUGACCAUGCAAGAUUGGUUUUAUUAAGAGCUGACAUUCGUCAAAUUGUUUGCCUAAUGGUUUGCCGUCUUUUGUUCCAACAACUUGUUGCCAAUGAUGAGACAUUAGAUUUACAAACAAAAAAUUAUGUUAAUACAACUUACAAAAACCAAAGAUUGAAGAAUGAAAUCAUUAGUAUCAUUACGGAUGAACAUGGGAAUUGCAGGUGGACCAAAAAUACUUUGUCAAUUUCGGUACAUCUAUGUAAGGUUAUCAAUGAUUUGAAAAAUGAAUACAAAAACACAACUAAUGAACCGCUAAAUUUGAAUAAUGAUAAGAUCACUUUCGCAAAGACGUGGCUCUCUAAACAGACACAACCUUUGAGCGAAGUCUACGGUGUUUUAGAAAAUAGAGUAUUUAAGCUAUUGGAAGAGAAAAUAUUCAAUAACUCUGGUUGCACAAUAGAUGGAAGAGUCAAACAAGAUUUUGUUUAUUUAUACAGUACAACGACUGAAAAUAAAAUGAAGAACAGCAGCAAGGAUAUCCAUACCAAUUCAACAUCAGCCGCCACUUCUACUACUAGUACAACAACUAAACCUCCUACAACAGGUGGAACUUUCGAGGUUGCAGAGAGCGAAGAAUUUGAAAAUAUUUACCGUCAUUUGUACACAAUUAUUAAUUUACACUGGUCAGUUUUUGGUAAUCAUUAUAUAGAUUCAUUGGGCGAUAAGAUAUUCAGAAAGGGUUUGUAA